UAAUUUCACUUUGAAUACAGGGAAGCUUCAUCGAUCCAUUCCUAAUAGCUUAAAUCAUAGUAUAAAACCUUCAGUAUUCUACAAUCGAAACUCAGAAGAAGCUCAAAAUUAAGAAUUUAGUAGAGAUUGACAGAGAGGAAUGGCUAAGCAAUCGACGACGACGGUGUGGAUAUUAUUGAAGAAGAAAUGGCCGGCUCUGGUGAUCGUCUCGCUCUUCUCUCUUGCAACCGUCAUCCUUUUCUUUUCAACUUCCUCUCAUUCUUGUGUAACUCAACGCUGCUACGAAGAUAACAUUGAAAAUCGGAUUUGGAUGACAUCUAAGCAGAUCGACAGCUUGCCGAAUCCGCUCAAUUUCAUGAAAUCGAAGCUCGUUCUCUUGGUCUCUCACGAGCUUUCACUUUCUGGUGGGCCUCUAUUACUUAUGGAGCUAGCUUUUUUAUUACGUGGAGUUGGGGCAAAUGUGGUUUGGAUUACAAACCAGAAACCAACUGACCUUGACCAAGUGAUUUACAGUUUAGAACACAAAAUGCUUGACCGAGGAGUGCAGGUGUUCUCUGCCAAAAGUCAAGAAGCGAUUGAUAUAUCACUGAGAGCUGAUCUUGUCGUUUUAAAUACUGCUGUUGCUGGGAAGUGGUUGGAUGCUGUUGUCAAGGAAAAUGUUCCUCGUGUACUUCCAAAGGUCUUGUGGUGGAUUCACGAAAUGCGAGGGCAUUACUUUAAACUGGAGUAUGUAAAGCACCUCCCUUUUGUUGCAGGUGCCAUGAUUGACUCACAUGUAACUGCGGAAUAUUGGAAGAAUCGGACUCGAGAUCGUCUAGGAAUUAGUAUGCCAAAAACGUACGUGGUGCACCUUGGAAAUAGCCAAGACUUGAUGGAUGUAGCCGAAAACAUAGUAGCAAAAAGAGUUUUACGCGAACAUGUGAGAGAGUCCCUUGGAGUGCAAAAUGAUGAUCUAAUCUUUGCAGUUAUCAAUAGUGUUUCCCGUGGAAAAGGUCAAGAUCUAUUUCUACGCUCCUUCGCUGAAAGCCUGAGGAUUAUUCAAGAUAAGAAAGUGAAAGUACCCGCAAUUCAUGCAUUAAUAGUGGGAAGUGAUCUGAAUGCACAGACUAAAUUCGAAACCGAGUUAAGAAAUUUUGUUGCUGAGAAGAAAAUGGAGGGUCGUGUUCACUUUGUCAACAAAACAUUGAAUGUUUAUCCUUAUUUGGCCUCCAUUGAUGUUCUUGUUCAAAACUCUCAGGCUCGAGGAGAGUGUUUUGGGAGGAUAACAAUUGAAGCUAUGGCCUUUCGACUGCCUGUGCUGGGAACAUCAGCAGGAGGAACGACAGAGAUUGUGAUAAACGGAAAGACUGGAAUGUUACACCCAGUGGGAAAAGAUGGUGUGUAUCCACUUGCAGAGAAUAUCGUCGAAUUGGCGACGAUAGUAGAGAAGAGAUUGAAAAUGGGGGAAAUGGGAUAUGAUCUUGUAAAGGAAGUAUUUACAGAACAUCACAUGUCGGAAAGGAUCGCUUCUGUUCUCAAGGAUGUUCUCCACAAACCCUAAAGAAGGCCAUGUAAGUUUCUUCACCAUCUCUCAAUUGGUUUAAUUAUUUUCUUUUGUCAAUUCAUAUGAUAUAAUACAUAUUAUCUUGCCCU